AUGCCCAACAAGGUUAUUAACGUCAGCGUCAAGGACGGCGGCGAUGCCGGGGAGCUGGAGAAGCUCAAGAAGCAGAUCCAAGACCAGGGCGGCAAGAUCACGCACGAGUUCAAGCUGAUCAAGGGCUUCACUGCCGAAGUCCCGGACGACGCUGUUUCGACCCUGCAAGAUAACCAGCACCUCAACGUGGAGCCGGAUCAGACGGUCACGACACAGUAG